AUUCAAAUUUAAUAAUAACGUCCAUUCGUCACCAUGAAGGCCAAGUUGGUAAUUUCCGUCUGUCUCCUCCUGUCAACUUUGGGAACCGGCGCUGAUGAGUACACUGUCGCGGUCAAGUAUUACGGCACCAAGUCCGGCAUGUCGUCCUGCGCGUCGCGGUCCGUCAACGUCAACUUUCGGUCCCUGGCGACGAAGUCAGGCGUCACUUACACGCGUCGCGCCGUCACCGCCGCAACCAACGACUGCCUGAAGACCCUGGAGGAGAAGCUCGUGUCUGCGGCCGACCUGCGCUCCUGUGCGGAGCAGGCCGCCAAGACCAACCACACGACCUUUGCUCUGCAUGACGGUGCGUGUUGGGGCACCCGCGUGCCCUGGCCUGUGGGUGCCUCCUGCACCUCUGGGGGGGACCACGUCAUCUACGUCACCACUCAGCUGGUGGCACCUGCUGAACCUAAGGUGUCGAACUUGAGCAUCGUCGUCACAACGUACAACGGCCCGGAAGUGAUCUUCAACGUCACUUUUAACGACCAGAGCACAAGUCGGUGCUUCUUCACGUACCAGCUCGAGUUUGACGGCCAAACGAAGGUUGUGUCGAGUGGGGAUGCGGUGGUGACAGCAGUGAAAGGGACUUGUACAAACUUAACCUUCGUGCUCACCCGCCUCGUCAUGGGGCAGCCUUGGGGACCCAGCAGCCUGUACCAAAUCCCAGUGGGAGGAUUGGUAAUCAACUCUUCAGCACUCACCUACCACCUUACAAUGAAUGCGUCCGCAGCCGACUUGUCGUUCGCCGGCGUGAUUCAGAGCGAUUCAUGCAAUCUCGUCAGAGGCUUCAAGGUGACUUUAACAGAAUCGUCGUUUGGUUAUAAAGACACCGUCAUUGAGGUGCCGAAAAGCAACACCACCUUGUUAGAACUGAUGACGGCAACUGGAGGGUCUACGAUAGAAUCCUACAGAGUUGUGAGGCAUGGUAUAAUUGGUGGAUUCCUGCCUCCACGAACAACAUCACCGCCUUGUGUGUGA